AUGUCAUCUGCAACAGCGCUCCCUAUCAUCCCCCAGAUUGAGAUCACAGCACCGGAUAUGAAUCCAAUAACACCUGCCGCUACUCCUGAGGAGCGGAAGCGAUCACUGACUUUCCAUAGUGCCGCCCAACGCUCUCCAAAGAUAGCGCGAUUGGAUUCCCUUGUACCUCACGUAGAUGAGUCUCUUUGUUCUACCAUUCACUACGGCGUCUACAUGCACGAUCUUCUCAAAAGAUCAGGCAACGCCGCCCUGCAACUCAUCACUACAUCUACAGACUUCGAUAGUGUCUAUGAAGUCAUGCGUAAGCAUGCUGCGGGACAGAUUGAAGCAAACGUACAUUGGGGCGCCACAAAAGAGCUAAACACUAACAACCUCUACGAGAUCCUGGAUGGUAGAAACCGGAUCCUCCUCCGUUAUGAGCUGGAUGCAGUCUCCCCUAAUGGUGAAGAUACGGACGGUAUCCAGAUCUGGAACCGCGCUAGCGCAUCACCGGCUCUACUUGUGCACUACGGCAUGUAUAUCGGCCUGCACUGUGAUACCAGAGAUAGAACAGAGCACUUUUUCGUUGGUGGCUUCAAGAGCCUUGGUGAAGCCAGCUAUGCCAUGAAGCAAUCGGCGGCUACAUAUCUCCAAGGUCAUAGCGAAGCCAAGCUGUAUGAGAAGAGCAUUGAGGUGGUGAACAAAAAGGGUCAACUUCAGCAGCGCUUCACGAUUGAGAAAGGUAGGCAGAAUGAGAAUGGAAGCUUCGUCAAGGAAGCGGAUUGGCACUUGGAGCAGGACAGUACUGAUUCGAAGGUACCAGUCACCCGUCUCCCCACACCCGGGACAUCGAAGUCAUCUAAACUGCCAACUGCCCAAACGAAUGUUCCGCAAAUCGUAACUGAAAUUGUCAGAGAAGCCAAACCACACGCUGUACUGCAAGUUCCCGCUCAUGUGGUAUCGGAACCGCAAGCUGUCCGUGACACACGCCGCUACUCUCAACGGCUCCAAUCCCACAUUGAACCUUCCAAUGACAAAGUGGGAGAAGAGCAGCCUAAGAUCAAACCUCAAGCAAAGCAAAAGGCUCCAGUUAAGUCUAGGACCCUAGCUAAGCCAAAAUUCCAAGUCCAGGCUCCACAUGACUUCACUCCUCAUUGUACGUGUCGCCUCCCUGACGACGGCAGUCUCAUGAUUGGCUGCGACAACGAGAAAUGCCCAAUCGGCUGGUAUCAUGGUCGUUGCAUCAAUGUUCACCAGGCGAUGCCGGAGAACGAGGUGUGGUAUUGCGAGAUGUGUACGCGGGAACGGGAGAAUAAGAAAGCUCGAGGUAUGGAUACGCUCGCUGUGAACAUAUCUGGGAAGACGCCUGUGAAAAAAGGGGAAUGUAGUGGUGGAAAGACACAGGGGAAGGCGAAGAAGAGGAAGUUGAGCUAA